GGAGAGGAAUAAUAGUAAUGAUAAUUGUGUAUAUAUAUAUUUACAAAACAAGUGAUGCACAAUGCAAUUGCUCACCUCCUGCAAGCUGAUGCCCAGCCAGUUCACAUGAUGCCUUACGAUAUGGAAUAUCCCUUCUGACAGUUUAGGUCUGUUGUCACAGUUCUGUCUCCUCCCAGCUCCAUGUUCACCCCAGAUCCUUUGCUGUCAGGGCAAUAUGAGAAGCUCAGAACUGAAAUAUCUUUGGCUCUGCACAGCACUAAAGCAUUGGUGUGUUAUAGUGCUCUUCUAUAAAGUGCUAUUUUCCUGGGGAGUCCAUCCAACCUCUAAAAAAGACUGAAACUGUGCAAUUAUUCUGGGGGUUUAUGCAUUGCUUGAAAACAAGACCAGCACUCAUGGCAGCAAUAGUCUUUCUGUGGUUCCAGUAUCAGUUUCUUCUGCGAUACGUAUGUUCUGUGACAUUGAGCUGCUUUGCUAUUCUGAAAUACGUAAAUUAGACCAGAAAACUCAGCUAAAUAAUGCAAGAAUCAGUCUUCACAAGAUUAUACGGCAAACUAAAAUGCUUUCUUUUACUUAGCUCAGGCACUUCAGCAAUUCCCUACAUAUGUACCUGCACUACUUCCAAAUCUGUAGGGCACUGGGGAGACAAAAAUCUUAAUUAAUCAAGUGACUAAAAUAGUAAUUUCACUUUGGAGUUACAUGUGAGAUCUUGAUCAUUAAUACAGACUGGAGACUGAAUUCUGGGCAGUGACAUAGAAGAUAUGUUUGUAAUAAGAAAAAAAAAAGUGUUCAUUUAAGUCUUAUGAGCAGCAGAGCCUGAUUUAUACUCCUCCUAGGGCAGAGUUUGCCUAAUGAAGGUGAAGAGCCUUGGGUGGUGUCAGGAAGUAGUAGGUUUUAUUAUGCUUGUUUUAGUGCAGGGUGCUGCCAGCUAAAAAGCAGGAUUUCUCCUAUCUGUCUUGAGGCACAAGUGAUAAUCCCUUUCCUUGGCGUGUCCAUGCAGAGUGCAGCACUAUCACGAUCACUCUGUGUAAGAGGCUUAUUUUGCCUCUGAGUGUUGCUGCAGUUUUUCUGUGUGUGUUCCCCAGUACCUCAGAACAAACCACGACCACAACACUUCAGCACAGCAGUAUGAGGAUGUGGCUACAGCUUGAUAAAGUUCCUGUAUUUCCUUGGAACAUCUGAGCACUAAUACAAGUGUUAACAUUUUUCAUGUUGCAAAAUCCAUGACCAUAGAAAGUAUCAGCCGUAUUUGACAACUGAGAGAGUAGUUAUAGCAAGAUCAAUUGUCUUGCUCAACGUCACCCAGAAACUGUGGGAAUUAAAACCAGAUUCCUUCACAUGGGCCCAAACACGAGACAUUCUUUCCUCUCUCGUGUCUGAGUCUCAAGAUUUUUCAGGAUGUUUCUGAGGCCUUCCACAGCUGAUGAAUCUGUCUGGCUAUGUCUGUCAUGCAAAUGCAGCCAGUGCCAUGUGUUAGCCAGAAGUCUGAGCCAGGCACAAGGCAGCAGGAUGUUUUUGCUCCUGAUCCUGAUCUGAUAGCCUCUUUACCCCGACAUUUUUGCCUUUAUUCAGGAUCUCCUGGAAUAGUGGGUUUUGCUUUGUGCUGGAUGGCUGCUAGUGAUAUGGAUUCCCUAAACAUUUGCUGCACACAAUGAAAAUAAAUUUCUUCUAAAGGUCCUUGCCACAACCACUACUAAAAAAUAAAUACACGAGUCAAACCACAAUUGAGAGAAGAUUUGAGAAGCAGAAAAGAUGCAGAGCAAAGACAGCAGUCCACCAGACGGUGGCUAUGGAUGGGUUGUGGUAGUGUCAGCCUUCAUAGUGAUGGGCCUCACUGCUGCUGUCCUCAAGACUUUCGGACUCUUCUUUGUUGAAAUCCAGGAGCACUUUGAUGAACUUGCAAGCACCAUUUCUUGGAUCACUUCAGUAACUAUUGCCACCUUUCAUUUAGGAGCCCCUGUUGCCAGCUCGCUAUGUGUAAAAUACACCCAUCGUGCAGUUGUGAUCACUGGAGGACUCCUUGCAUUUUCAGGAAUGGCACUGGGAUGUCUUGGGCUCAACAUGAUCUGGAUGUAUGCAACAACUGGAUUCCUACAGGGACUUGGGAUUUCCUUUUCAUGGACACCAGCCAUCAGCAUUGUUAGCCAUUAUUUUUCCAAGAAAAGAGCUCUGGCCAAUGCUAUCGCCAGCGCUGGGGAAUGUGCGUUUGCUUUUACAUUUGGGCCAUUUUUCCAGUGGUUGAUUGGUCAGUAUGGAUGGAAAGGUGCCCUCUUGAUCAUAGGUGGCACCCAACUCAACAUCUGUGUCUGUGGAAUACUGAUGCGACCCCUGACAAGCAGAUGCCGCCCUGAAGUGAGCCAUCCUGAACCACCACCACCAGGCAAUGGUGCAUCUAAGAGAGACAAAGAAGGGAAGUCUACCAUCACACACAGAACCUUCAACUGGAUGCUUUUGAGGAGAGCAGAAUUUGUGCUUUAUGCCAUGUUUGGCAUACUAGCUGCAAUGAGCUUUUUUGUUCCUCCAUUAUUUUUAGUUCCACUCAGCUACAGCCUGGGAAUAGACGAAUCUUGGACUGCAUCUCUCCUGUCCAUUUUGGCUAUGGUGGAUUUUGCAGGUAGACUGCUAUGUGGCUGGUAUGCCAAUCUCCACCUUACGAAGACUAUUCACUUACUGACAAUGACAAUUACCUUGAUCAGUACCUCCUUGAUGCUUCUGCCACUGGCUAACAAUUACCUGUCCUUGGCAAUAUUCACUGGCUUCUAUGGAUUCUUCUUUGGCACAACAGUUGCUGUUCACAUUACGGUGCUAGCAGAAGUUGUGGGCAUGUCAGAUUUUGACAGUGCUUUAGGGCUUUUCAUGCUGAUUCGAAGCUCUGGAGGAUUUCUGGGGCCUCCGCUUGCAGGUCUCAUUGUGGACAUGGCUGGAGACUACAGAGCAGGCUUCUACAUGGCAGGAGCCACUCUCAUCCUAGCUGCUGUAUUCUUAAUUGUUUUAGAUCAAUUUCAACAAAGAAGUGAAAGAGGAAGCCACACUAAUACUAAAUCAGAGAAGUCACCAUUACCUUACACCUCCUUCCAUUUCCUGAAACUUCAGAAAAGGAGGUACCAAGACCAUGAUGUAGUGGUGUGACAACAUUGGACAUCAUGCAACUUAGAAUUAUGGAAGUGCUUUGUUUUCGUGAAAGCCAGUAUCAGUAGGAUUUUAAAUGAUGGGUGUGUUGAAUUAGAUUGUUUAAAACAGAAGAAGAAAGUCAUUAGUUUACAAGCAGACAAUACCUAUAACCACUGUCACAAUGUUAUUUUGAUGCUGCAGUUGCAUUUUGCCUUUACAGGUCUUCAACAGAGCCCCACAAGGCUGUGAUAGGGAAGCUAUGAUCUAAACAAAAUUACCAUGAAGUGUGUAUGCAGCAGACAGAAACAUUCCCCUCAAACUACAGACCAGAGCCAUCACUUUAAAAUAGAAAAAGGCAGCAGCUUGCAGAUGUUUAGCCUGGAAAGCAGUAUUCAGAAUGACCAUUGAACAGGCUGGAUAUGAAAUGAAUUUACACUUACUCUACAGAGCAGGCCUGGAAUCUAAAUAAACUUCAUAAAUGGAGAAAAUCACAUCAAUAGUAUAAUUCAGCAAAGAGAAAUGUAGUCCUGAGUAUCAGAAGCCGUGAUAAAAGCGCACUUACAUAAGAUGGAGAAGGACUGACAAUUAACAGUAGAAGACCUAAAGUUUUGUUGGACUUCAAACCAAGUAAGACUCUCAAAUGUAACAGUGUAUUAAAACUAGUAAAUAUCUCUUUGUGCAGUUGUAUGAUAGAUGAGAAAACAAUGCUUGCAAGGCUUUAAACAGAAUGGGUACAUAAAAUUCAAAGAUUGAAGUGUAGCAAGAAUGAUAAAGGUUGAAAAUAAAAUGCCAAAAGAAAAAGUUUGUCCCAUCUAGAAAUAAAAUGUUAUUCUGAAAACAAAAAUAGUCAAGCUACUCUACAUUUAUAGCUGCUUCAUUUAUGAACUUCAGAAUGUUUCUCUCUUCAAACAUUCAAUCUGUGUAGCCAUGAUUAACAUCAGCUGCUCAUCUAAAAUAACUAUUUCUUGUCCCAUGAAAAUUAACUCAAGAUUUUAAUUUAAUUCACAGGAAAUUAGCUCAGCUACUCAUAAAACAAUGACCUGCAAGGGCUUGGCUGCAGAGCACACAGUGGAAGGGAUGUAGCCUACAGUGUGAGGUCUGUAGCAAGGACUAGGAGCUUCCAGAAAAAUAAAGUUUCAUUUAUGUCAGUUUUGUCAAUUUAAAACUUAGAUUUCUUUGGUCACUGCAGUGUUCUGAUAUUCAAAAAACCUCUUCAUUUUUAUUUCUAUUUCUUUUCAUUUGAAGCAGAGGGGAAGUGUUGGAGAGGAAAAAUAAUGGGGAGACAUUUAAUAUAGGACGUUUCCUUUCUAUUAUAAUUCAGUAUUUUCUAUUAAAGUUGU